ACUCCUUCGCCACUGAACGACGGACGUCGCCGUCGCCGUCGUCAUUAUCCACGAGAGACCGGGGACCGUCUCUUGGCGCGGUCAUCAUGUCGUGCAUCACGAUCGGCGUCCUGAUGAUACUCGCGUCGAUCGCACGCAGUUGCGCCGGUUGCCCGUUUUGCGUCAGGCAGCAGCUGCAGCAGUUGCAGCAACGCACGCAGCAGCCGCAGCUGCAGCAACAGCAGCAGCAAUUCUACCGGACCAUCGGCAGCCCGAGACCGUUCGGCGCCGACCGGCCGACCCGCGUCCAGGAGUUCAACCGGACCGGCGUGCUGCAUCCCGAGUACCAGAUACCGGCGACCAUCAGACCCGGCAACGUGUCUCAGUUCUAUUACCUGAGCCCACGGGAAGGCCCGCCUCUCACGUUACUCGUUAGCCCGUGUAGCGGUCCGAUAUCCUGGACGGUCAGCUACGUAGAGCCGCCCGAAAACCAUCAGGAAGCAGAAGCGCAAACGCGAUGGCCUGUGAAGACCUUAAAGCCGGGGUCUCCUCUCUUCACGUACGUGGGCGCGGAGGACCAAAAUUUCACGAUACCAAAGACACGGGCCGGGCUUUACUGGUUCGAGAUCAAGUCUAUGGAGCCUGCGGAACGGCCGCCCGGCACGGUGCUUCUGUACGCGACCUCCAGCGCUCUGGACCACGUAUCGAGUAUAUAUGCGAACGGAAAGGAGCAUCGGCACCGGACGCUGAGAUUUCAACAGCGACGAAGCAAACGGCGGCUGACGAUAUCCUGGGGCAAGAGCCAUGUGGAUCCGCACCUCUCCAACUACUGCUUAGCUGUCACCUCGGGUACGCAGCCGCAUCCGUCGACGCUCUGCGCCGCGCAGGACGUUCUGAAAGCUUAUCCGCACUCGUCGGCGAGAACCGGCACUUCCCCGAAGGAACAUUAUCAUCGGGGCGUUCCGGAAGGUCUGCACUGCGUGCGGCAGACCAAGCUGACGCUUCAUAGGAUGAGAUACGACACUACGUACAACUUUACCCUUUACGUGGUGAACACUCGGAACAACGUCUCUAAUCGGGUCGCCACCGACUCUAUCAGGUUCAAGAAGACGCCGGAGCUGACGUUGCAUACCGAUCGUUACACCACGGCCAAUCUGCGGAAGACCGACGGUUUCGUCAAUUUCCGUUAUCGUCCGCCCGACAACACCUCGAGCACCUUUCACAUACUUCCUUGCGGUGGAGGCAUCGUGAAGGCGAAAUUAAGCGGACAGGGAAUACUACGGGAAAAAGAGGUGGUCGGAUACGCCUCGUUGCGCGUACCUCCUCUACCCCCCGGUAAGACGUACACCCUGCGUAUAUCGACCACACCGCAGGAGCUGGUUCGAGUGUCCACCAUAAAAGUGCUGGCUACGCAGGAGUCGUCCACCAUUUAUCCGCAAAACGAAUUUUUUGCCUCAGAUACCGUCCAAGAACCCGCCGCGGGAGUACCGAUCCCUCAGGACGUGCCACGAAGUGACAAUAGGCGUGGAGCCGGCCGGCGCCACCAAGUACUGCAUCCUGGUGAAGGAGCUGCGGAGUUCGUCGUCCUUGGCGAGUGUCACGACCGUGCCGGAUCAGUGCGGGCUCCAUCGGCGCAGACGGUCCGAGUACAUGUUCGAGGUAUGCGAGGAGAAGCGCAACCCGCCGAACGACCGGGCGCUGCCGUUUACCCUCAGGAGGCUGCAGCCCGGCAAGGCUUACCUCCUGCAGAUCACGGCGCAGCUCAAGGGCCAGUCCUUGUCCUACCCGCUGCUGGGUGUGCGCACACGACGGUCCUGCGUAACGUAAUCCGUAUGAUUCCUGUUAAGCGAACUGUAAGACCGACGCGACGAUAGUCUACAGGAGCAUCGUUGGUGACUUCUAGACCCAUCUGUCUUCUCAUCAAGUAACGUGUACGAGAAACGUCCACGAGAUUUCCAGGAC